CUCUCUCUCUCUCUCUCUCUCUCUCUCACACACACACACACACACACAGAGAGAGAUCAUCUGAUGACGUGGUGCCGUUGGCUUCGCUCAGCAGCGCGAGAGGAUGGCGGACCAGAACAGGCAAAUCAAACUCGCUGCAGCCAAGAAAAAGCUGAAGGAGUUUCAACAGAAGACCACCCCAUCCACAGGAAGCGCUGGACCAAAGAAGAAGAGGAAGGUCAAAGGAGGCGAUCAGCUGGACGCCGCUGUGGACAGACACUCGCCGGACAAUGUGAGUCAGAUUGAGAAUAUUCUCAAAGUUAUGGUGUCUGAUCUUAGUGUGACUAAUGGAGUGUCUCAGCCUCCAUUUGUCAACAACAGUCAGGAUGAUGUGGAUGCGGUGAACCGGGUCACACAGGAUCUGGAGGAGACCAGCGCUGAACCCGUCUUUAACCCCGCUUCUGCUAUUAACUCUGAGUGUGCCGCUGAUAGCGCUGGCCUGCAGCAGAAGUACACAGCAGAUGCAAAUGGCGAUGAACAUCCUCUGGAAGAUAACAGGCCGCUGUCGUCCACCGAGAGCCUGAGACAGAUUUCCCAGCAGCUCAAUGGACUUCUGUCUGAGUCAACAACAUACAUCAAUGGAGACAGCGGUCCGCCGACGGUCAGUGAGAAGGAACUGGAGACUCGCAACCAGGAGCUGGCAGCGGCUCUGGACUCCAGCGCGCUCACAAACGCCCAGCUCACGUCCAAACUCCAGACACUGACGAAGCAGUCUCAGGAGCUUUCUGAUCAACUACAGAAGGAGCGGAAAGAGUUUGAGCAGAAGUUCACUAAGGAGCAGGGAGCGAUACGUGAGCAGCUACAGGUUCACAUUCAGACCAUCGGCAUCCUGGUGUCUGAGAAAUCAGAGCUACAGACGGCCCUGUCUUACACACAGCAGGCAGCGCGACAGAAGACAGCAGAGGCAGAAGAUCUGAGCUCGCGGCUGCAGGCCAGUAAACAGCGAGUGUCUGAGUUAGAGAGGACGCUAUCUUCAGUCUCUACACAACAGAAGCAGUUCGAGAAGCAUAAUAAAGAGCUUGAGAAGGAGCGAGACAGUCUACGAUUAGAGGUCCUCAGGUUUAGUAAUGUGAGCGAGGAGUCCAGGCAGCAGAGCUCAGAGCUGUCGGAGCAGUUCAAGCUGAAGGUAAAUGAGAACAACGGCUUGAAGCAGGAGGUUGAUGAGCUCCGUAAGCGUCUGGAGAUGGCCGACAGCAUGCUGCAGCAGUUCUCCAGUCAGUCGGGUCCUCCAUCUGAGCGCCAGCAGGUGCAGCUCCUCCUGGAGGAAAAGCAACAGUUAGAGGCUCACGCGGCUCAGCUGAUGGAGUCGGUCGCUCAGCUGCAGGUGGAGAGAGAUCGGUACGCUGUACAGAUACAGGAGGAGGGACGCGUGUGGAAGGACAAGACAGAGCAGCUUCUGUCUCAGGUGCGUCUGAUGUCAGAGGAGCGUGACAGCACUGCUGCUCAGAUUCAGGAGCUGCAGGAGAAGAUCACAGAGCUGGAGAACGCUGCAGCUCUGAUGAGUAAAGAGCAGGAGCUGCAGGCCGUGUCACAGGCCUCGGGCCCUUCAGAAAGUGAACUGGCCCUUCAGGAGACCAUCAGCAGCCUUCAUCAGGAGAGAGACGCUCUCAGUCUGCAGUACCAAGCACAGGUGCGAGACAACGAGCAGCUGAGCCGGCUGGUGCAGGAACAGGAAGUGAGGAUGGAAGAACUGGAGAGACAGGCUGAGCGGGCCGUGGAGGACACUCAGGAUCGACUCCAGAUUCUGGAGGACGUCCAGAGCGACAAGGCCACCAUCAGCAGAGCCCUGGCCCAGAACCGAGACCUCAAAAACCAGCUGGCCGAGCUGCAGAACGGCUUCGUCAAGCUGACCAAUGAGAACAUGGAGCUGACCAGCGCUCUGCAGUCCGAGCAGCACAUCAAGAAGGAGAUCGCUCGUAAGAUAGGUCAGCUGCAGGAAGACCUGCACAAUGCCAAAGAACAGCUGCAGGAGAAGUGCGGAGAGCUGGCAUCUGCGCAGGAGCAGAGGGAUCAGUAUCUGGCUCACCUGCAGCAGUACACAGCUGGAUACCAGCAGCUGGUGACGGAGCGAGAACAUCUGCACCAUCAGUUCCUGCAGCAGACGCAGCUGAUGGACCGACUGCAGCACGACGAGGUGCAGGGCAAAGUGCAGCUGGAGCAGAGUCACGUUCAGCUGCAGGAGGCGCAGGAGAAACUGAUGCAGCUGGCCAGAGAUAACGAGGAGCUGAAGACGGAGGUGCAGGAGCUGCUGAACAGCUCGGCUCUGAACACCUCUCACAGAGACGACGGUGAUGGCUUGGAAAGUAAUUCUCUCCUGGAGAGCUUCCAGAAGUCACACAUCGUUAUCCCAGAAGACUUUGAGAGCAGAGAAGAGAUGGAGGAGUUUAUUCACUCUGCUCUGACGCGUCUGGAGGAAGAGCGAGACGAGAUGAGCCGCCGGUUCGAGGAGGAGAGGAGACUUCAUCACGCCGUCCGACAGCAGAUGACGGCCAUGAGCCACGAGCAUCAUCAUCACCACCAUCCUCAUCCUCAUCCUCACAGCACAGAAGGCUCUGACGGGGUCCCGGCGGAGGUGCACGAGGCUCUGCGGGUGGCCAUGGAGAAGCUCCAGGAGCGUUUCACGGCGCUCAUGCAGGAGAAGGUGGAUCUGAAGGAGCGCGUGGAGGAGCUGGAGCACCGCUGCAUUCAGCUCUCAGGAGAAACAGACACCAUCGGUGAAUACAUCGCGCUGUAUCAGAACCAGAGAGCCAUCAUGAAGCAAAGACACUAUGAGAAGGAGCAGUACAUCAACAUGCUGGCCAAAGACAAGGAGGAGAUGAAGGCGAAGCUAGCGGAGCUGCAGGAUCUGGUCAUGCGUCUGGUGGGCGAGCGUAACGAGUGGUACAGCAGAUACAUGAGCGCCGUUGGUAACCCUGACCUCCUGUCCUCCGGAGGAGAACAGCUCCAUCCCGCUGACGGACACACGGACAGCCCAGCCGUUCUGGACCUGAGCACAGCAGUGGAGGCGUCUACAGCGCCUCAGUCCAGCACUGACCCACCGAGUCCAUCCCAGAGUCCCGAGAGGCCUGGGUCCGCACCGGACGGCCCGUCCCUGAGGCCCAAAGAGGACGGCACGGCCCGCCAAAUCAUGCAGCUCCUGCAGGAGAUCCAGAAUCCUCAGUCCAGACCCGCGCCCUUCCUGGGAGAAAACCCCUGCAUCCCGUUCUUCUACCGGCCAGACGAGCACGACGAGGUCAAGAUCCUGGUGGUCUGAAAGCGUCCGGCGGGCCCAAACUGAACCUUUCCUGCUUGGCUUCUGGCGGGAGAGCGUCUGACGAAACGGACUCACGUAUUAAAUGAGUGUUCCCUCUCUGUUCCUCUGGUUUCUACAGCGAAUAAGAGAAAUUUGAUGACUUCUGAAGCUCUUCGGCUCCGUUUGGUUUGCGUGUAAACCAUUUAAACCAUAAGAAUAUCAGUUUUUGCUGCUCUGUGUCUUUUCCGUCACCCAUUUGUCCUCUUUCACGUUAUCAAAUAAGUGCAAUAGACAGCUGACAGAUCUCAGUAUGAUUCAUUGAUUCAGAUCGUGAACUCCUUACGUAACGAACUCGCACACUAACUAGGGUACAGUAAUAUUGAUAUGAUAAAGCAGGUCUGGACUGAGACGGUGAAGUGUUUUCUGAGAGAAUCAGAUUAUGAAGUGUUUGCUCGUUUGCAAAGCAUGUAGGGCAGAGUAUUGAGAAGGAACUAAACAUUUACAAAUGAAUCGUUCGAUCUGAAUGUGCUUUAUGCAUCACAUUGUAGGUUAGAAUCGAGCCGAGAGUGUUCAGCGGACACAAGAAGCUUAAAACCGGAUUGUUUUUGCUUUUCCAAUUGGGAUUUAUUGAAAGAUGUGAUUAUACUUUUAUCCCUGCAAACACACGAGCACCUUGUGUUUUUCCCAGAGCGCGUGACGUCGAAGCUUUCGAGAUGUUUGCGAUUGUUUGCGGCUAACUCUAUGACGCUAGCGUCCGUCAGCCGAGAGUUUGGAGUGGCGUCUGUAUGUGGAGUGAAUGAUAGAGCGUUUAUGAGAGCUGUACAUAUAUUAGAGAAAACGAUUUGUAAUAAUUCCUCUUACGCGAGCAAAGCUUGAACGGUGAGUUCAUUCAUAAACAUCCAUCGCUCUCAUCAGAUUUGGCAACACUUUCCGUGAAGAUAAAGCUCCUCAUGUCUUGUAAUGGUAUGUUUUUGUAAGUAAUUGCUUUAGAAGAGCAUACAUAUUAAUCUGCAGGUACUUACAAAAACAUUCAAGCAGUUCUGAAGCAGAAUGCAUUGUGCGUUGCUCUCCGAUGCAUUAUAUAGACACGCAGGCUUCAUGGGAAGUGUUGCUGUAUCUGUAUUCAGCUGAAGAACUGAACUCAUGCAUGCGGUUAUAACUGGAAGACGCGUGGAGGCACGUUUAUUAGUGGCAUCUGUGAGCGCCGAGCUCUGCAUCUUUUCUAUCUGCGCUCUCCAUGUAUGAAUAUAUUUUCCAGUGAUUCUUUUGGGCGUGGGCUUUAAUCAGACGUCGAUUGUUUUGCAGAAGCUGCACCGCGAGCUUGUUCAUGUAACAGAUGUGUAAAUAGUGUAACUGUGUAUCAUACUGUAUAUUGACUGGGGGAAGCCUGCUGAAGACUCGAGUGAGAAGAGAGGACGGGAUGUUUGUGUGCUUUCAUACUACGGCUGAACUAAAGGAGAAUUCUAUUUAUUUGGGAUAAUUACACACUAAUCUGUUUUAAUCUAGACUGAUGGAACACAAUGAAGGAAUAAUGAGUAGUUUGAGCAGAAAUGCUUCUGUGAUGAUUUUCCUCCUAAAUAAACCUGAUUGAGCAAAAUGAA